GUGCAGACUCAUACACUCUUUGUGAAAACGCGGAGUUCUGUUGUCAACCUUCGGGUGCAGAAGGCGUCGCGCAGUGUCCGUUAUUUUCCUGUAGACUUCGGGCUAACGCACUCAGCGCUGAUUAAUAAUAGAAAUAAGAACCUGUUCAUUUUUGUCUCUGUCUGACUAAGUUUAUCUGAGACACAGAGACGCGCGUCUGAAAUUCAUUCAGAAAGACUUGAAAAAAAAAGAUAAAGAAAACCUGAUCAUCUCAGUGGUCUUGCUGCUAAAUAGUCCAACAUAUACUUCUGAAAAUGUCUGGCGAAGACGCACCAGCUCAGCAGCAGAAUGCUGAAGAGCAGAAAAACCAAGAGACUAAAAAACCCGCUGAGGAGCCGAAAGCAGAGACCAAGCCAGACUCCCCGCCCGACAGCGCCGCUACUGAGGCUGCAGCCACCCCAGCAGCAGAGAAGGCGCCAGAGGAGGAGACUUUCACCUACCGAUCCCUGGUUCUGACUGGAUAUGGUGGUUAUGAUAAAGUUAAGCUGCAAGUGAAGAAGGGGAAGCCAGCCCUGAAGGCCGGCGAAGUAAUGGUGCGGGUCAAGGUGUGCGGGCUCAACUUCGCCGAUCUUUUGGCUCGCCAAGGGCUCUACGACCGGCUCCCGUCCCCGCCCGUAACGCCGGGGAUGGAGUGUUCUGGGAUCAUCGAAGCUGUGGGGGAAGAGGUGACUGAUAGAAAAGUGGGCGAUAGGGUGCUGGUCCUGAACCGCUGUGGACUUUGGCAGGAGGUUGUGGUGGUGCCAACCACACACACCUUCAUCAUGCCCGCGGCGAUGAGCUUCGAGGAGGCUGCCGCCCUGCCCGUCAACUACAUCACUGCCUACAUGAUGCUGUUCGACUUUGGCCACCUGCGCCCCAACCAGAGCGUACUCAUCCAUAUGGCUGCAGGUGGGGUGGGGAUCGCAGCCACUCAGAUGUGUCGUACGGUGGCGGACGUCACGGUGUUUGGUACAGCAUCAGCCAGCAAGCACGAGGUCAUCACCGAGGGCGGGGUCACGCACGCCAUCGACUACCGAACAAAGGACUAUGUGGAGGAGGUCCGCAAGAUCAGCCCUAAAGGGUUGGAUAUUGUGCUGGAUCCUCUUGGAGGCUCUGACACCCAUAAGGGCUACAACCUUCUCAAGCCCAUGGGCAAACUCAUCAGCUACGGUGCUGCCAACAUGCUGUCGGGCCAGAAGAAGAACCUGAUUGCUGUGGCGAAGACUUGGUACCACCAGUUCUCUGUGCACAGCCUCAGCCUGAUCCAGGGCAAUCGCAGCGUGUGCGGCUUCCACCUGGGCUACCUGGACACAGAGACUGAGCUCAUCGCCCAGGCCAUGGACACCAUCCUGGGGCUGUACUGCAGGGGCAAGGUCAAGCCCCGCAUCGACUCCACCUUCCACCUCGAACAGGUCGGUGAUGCAAUGCGUAAGAUGCAAGAGAGGAACAACAUUGGCAAAAUUAUCCUCACCACUGAGCCCAUGAAGGAGGAGGAGAAGAAGGAGGAGGCCAAGAAAGAAGAGAAGAAGGACGACAAGAAAAAAGACGACAAGAAGAAAGACGACAAGAAGAAGGAGGAGAAGAAGGACGGAAAGAAGGAAGAGAAGAAAGAGGAGAAAAAAGAGGAGAAAAAGGAAGAGAAAAAGGAAGAGAAGAAGGAAGAGAAGAAAGAAGAGAAGAAGGAGGAGAAGAAGGAGGAGAAAAAGGAGGAGAAAAAGGAGGAGAAGAAGGAGGAGGUUAAGAAAGCAGAGAAUUGAGAAAGACCCACCAGGGUGGAUAGUUAGGCAGACAAGUAGGGGUCAUUCUUUUUUGAGGGGGAGGGGGUAGAGAUAUUUUAUGUGUGUAUAUGCACAUGUUUGUGUUUGAAUGUGUGUGUGUGUGUGUGUGUGUGUGUGUGUGUGUGUGUGUGUGUGUGUGUGUGUGUGUGUGUGUGUGUAUGUAUGUAAGUAUGUAUGUGUGCACAACUUUAGUAUGCCUGUGUGUGUACGUGUAUGUGUUUUAGGUUUGUUAGACAAGGGAGUGUGUUUUUAACAGUGCACAGUCUAGCACCCAGCCUCUCCUCCAGGCCUCCGUGACAGUAUCUCUGGAGCUGCGCUGCACCUCACCCGAACCCUCAGUUCACAGUGCACCUACUAAGGGCUACUCACACAUCUACUCACAGCCCUCAUACACACACACACACACACACACACACACACACACACACACACACACACACACACACACACACACACACAAACACACACACACACACACACACACACACACAUACACACACAAACACACACACACAUACAAACACACCAAAACACUCACAAACAUGCAUGCAUAUUUUCACCCAGCAGAUCUACUGUGGUUCAUUGUCACAGAACAUAUAUCCCUGCACCUAUUUUAAAGUGUUAUAUUGGUAUUGUACUGUCGUAUUUUCUGCCUCUGAUCCAAUCGUAGGGCAAUAAUACAUACAGUAUAUAUCUAACUGUGACAUUGCUACAUCACAACUGUGUGUAGUGCCACUGCCCUAUUCCCCAAGAAUGUAUUGCACCACUAAGUAUUCUAUCCUAAAUUCCAACACUGUGGUAUUUGAUAUUGGUUUUCUAUCUACACUACAGUUGUAUAAGCUCCAGUAUACUGUCACUUCAGGGCUGUGUUCUAAAUGAAAGCGUAUUCACUACCUAGUCCACUCUGUCUGAUAGAGCUUCUUCAAAGGGCAUGUGGAGACAAGAAGUGCAGAUAUGUUCCUAUUUCAUGUGCAACCCCUGAGACGUGCACACCACUCACACGACCUGCUAAGGACUCUGGGUAAUGGCCUGGCCUGGGGUUGAUGGCUGUUGCCAUGACAACUGUGAUCCCUUUGCCUCCUGGACUGUCUGGUCUCUUCUCUCUCUCUCCCGCUCUCUCUCUCUCUCUCUCUCUCUCUCUCUAUGCCCCUGUCUCCCUGGUGCUCUUCUCUCCGCCCCCAUCCUCCUCAGCUGGAAGAUUCAGCGCUGAUUUCUGUCUUAAUACCUCUUCCCACCACCAACCUGCAAUGCCCUUUGGUCCAGACUCACAGACAUGGAUUUAAUCGCAUAACCACCUACCUGUGUACUAAAUGAAAUCUGCUGUCAUGAUCUCAUAGUGACGUGUGUAUCUGAAGGUGUGGUGGCCUUGUAGUUUCUCGAGGCAACUACAUUACCCAUGGUUCUGUGUUCUGCAGUGCCCUGGAAUUGCCUGACCUUAAAUCUGAUCACUGUCCUGUUAAAUUUAACAAGAGGAAACACAUUUUAAUGAGCCGACUGUUGGCAAGCAGUGCCAAUUAAGGAUGAAUUCUAUCCCUGUCCUUCUUCCAUUCUCUCUCUCUCUCUCCUUAUGUGUGUGUGUGUGUGUGUGUGUGUGUGUGUGUGUGUGUGUGUGUGUGUGUGUGUGUGUGUGUGUGUGUGUGUGUGUGUGUGUGUGUGUGUGUGUGUGUGUCUUUUCUUUCACUCCCUCACACAAACACACGUCAGAAGUGUGGCAUUGUGUGUCUGGAACAUUCCGAGUUGUGACAGGGAAUAGAAUGCUCUGGACCCCUUCCCCAGGACAAGGGAGGAAUUCUGGCCCCACUCUCACUUUGACUAGGAACCUGGCGUCGGCUCUGACCCGAGUUAUUCUGAUUGGAAAGAGAAAAUGAGCGCAACUCUCUCUCACUGUCACUGUCCUCUGCCGCAUGCCUUGUUCUCUGGUCGGCAUAGCAACAGGCUUCUGACUAGUCAGAGAUGACUGUGAGGCUGCAUCCUUCUCUCUUUCUCUCUCUGUGCCACAUCCCCUGUAUAGAAUGGGUGAUUCACCUUUGCCCCCACAUUCCCAGUUCUUGUAUAAUCACACAUAUAUCGCUGUUCAUAAUCUAUCUUAAUUAUGCAUCAGCUUUGGGCAGUGACAUCCUUACUGGCAAGAAAAGCACACUGCAGUAGUCUUACUCUCUCUUUCUUACUUGCUCUGUGAAGCGCUUCCCUCUUUUACCCAUUUGUCUGUGAGUCUGGUCUAUCUAGCCUCCAUUGAGUUGCAAUUAGUGUUUUUUUUUUGUGUUUUUGAUUUUUUUUUAAAGCUAAUAUGUUUGGUUGAUAGACCUCCCUGGUCUGUAUGAUGUGUGUGUGUGUGUGUGUGUGUGUACAUGUGAGACUCAUGUGUGUGGGCGCAUAUGUGUGUGUUGUCAUGUGUGAAGGUAUGUGUAUGUCCUCAGGUCAUUUGUCAGGUUUAGAAGAAAAAAAAAAAAAACUUUUCCCCUCUAAUCUCCCUGCCCCUCUCUCUACCUCCCUCACGCGAUUACCCAUGCUUCUCUGGCUCUCCCUCCCUCACACUCACACUCACACACACACACACACACACACACACACACACACACACACACACAAACACACACUCCCGCAGCCUUUCCUGCCCCUUCGUUGUCUCACUCUCUUUCUGUGAUAAGUGACCUGUAUUGGUUUUGUAUUAUUUGCACUCUGCUUGUUGAUCUUAAUGCACUUACAGCGAUGGCAGUUCCUCUCCUUUCCCAGUGGGUCGUCCACCCAGGGAUUUGCUUGUUACCCUCUAUUGCAGACACAACUACACACACACACACAUUGCGUCAGGUGCCACACACACACAUUCACAGAAUCAAAUUCACACACAAGCGCAGUCACACAUGCACACAUUUAUAGAGAGACAGACAGACAUUCACAUUUGUAAUGCAAUAGCCGUGUUUGGUGAACCACACAAGGCACCACUAUCAGAUAUGGUCAUAAAGAAACUUCUGCCACACAUUCUGCUAGCGCCCGGAGCAGCUGACCAGUGUUAAUCCACAGAGCAGAAUCAUUCAGAGCACACGAGACACAGCCAGCUACAGAUGACUGGGAAAUAGACCUGGUUCUGACCUAACACCAAUCCACACCAGAUCAGUGCCAGAUCUGUUACAAAGUCGGACCCUGUCUGGACACUCACACACACACACACACACAUACACAUACACACACACUGCCUCUUUCAUUCUGAUAGCUUUCAGCUGUAUGUUUAAGAUGCAGUGGUGCACUGGUAGAGGCCUGGUUCUGCCGUCCUGGUAAUUGAGAGUGAUAGUGUUCUGUCGUUAGAACCAGAUCGGGACCCGGUUCUGCUCUGGUCUGGGUGCUGGUUCUCACUAGCUCUGUUCUUCUGGUUGAGCUCUUCUUGUGUUCCUGAUCCUGUGGACGACGCCUUUGAGUUUCGGGGCGUCACCUGACCUAACAAAACACUCUUGUGAAGGAAAUCAUACUUUCAGUCUGUUUAUGUUUUUGUCCAUCUGUUUCCUGUUUUUUUUUCUUAUCUAUUUGUUUUGAUGUUUGACGAGUGUUUGAGCUCAAGGGUCAGCCUCUUAGAGAGAAAAAAAAAGAGAAAAAAAAUGAAAAUCUUGUUGUCAUUGUUUGGGUCCUGACCGAAUGUGCCAAACUGUGUUUGAACCUUCUUUAACCAUGCCAAGCAAACCUGCUUCUGUGCUUUCUGUUAACAAACAAAAAAAAAAAGAUAAAGAAUAAGAUGUUUUCUGGAUACAUUUCCUAUGACCUUGCUCCAAAAAAAAAAAACUAAGCAAACAGAGUCAAAAUUGUUCCUGGCGUGUGUGGAUGAAUCUCCGUGGCUUCCCAGUCACGAUGCUCGUAGGUGCUGACCGAGUUCUUGCUACCGAAUAUCAUCUGAUGCUGUCACAGAAAUUCCAUCCCAACAAUUCAGAGUGUUUGUGCUGGCGACUGCAGAUGAUGGCUGUGCCUGCAUACCUAAUAAACGCUGAAAUGUUGACCACAGAAACCACUACCCAUACCCCCGCCCCCCCGCCCCUUUCUAAUCUGUAAUGUGUCCACUCAGGCAGAGCUUGAUACAGUAUGUCUGAUUGUGUCAACACACCACAAGUGGCUAUAGAGAGUUUGGCCUAUUUUGUAAUGUUGUAAUCGCAGCAUAUUUUGUAAUGUUUGAGGCCAUUUGAUAGGCUACACAUACAUUCUCAAAACUCGCAGCAUUUAGACUCCCACUUAAAGAAAAAAAAAAACACAACACACACACACAGAUUAGAAAGCCAAGUUGUAAAAUAUGUUGCUGCUCGAAAGCAUGGAAAUCAGAUCAUCUCUGCUCUGGAUCCAGCUGGGGAGCAGCUGCCCAGAGACGGAUCGACCUAGACAUUCAGGUCCUGGAACCGCUCUCACGGAGCGCUUUCCAUGACAGUGGUCAUAACAACAGACUUCCAGAACUGUCUGAACAUGGAACAAACCGCAGACACCAAGGUCUAAAAGUUCCUGUUUCUAGAACUGAUCUCCUGUCUACAAUGACUUCAGAUCAAAGCAUUGAGUUUUUCCUUUGUUUUGCUCAGAUGUAUUUAAUUGCUAAUUGCCCCCAUCCGCCCUCAAAUCAAACAUAUCCCAGUAUCAACAUCUGGACUGGAAUGACAUACAUUUAUUGGCAUGUGUGCUUGGCGCAUUGAAUUCAACACUGAAAUCUGACUCUGGAUUUUUCUUCAUGUAGCUCUGAGCCAGCAUGGCUGCAUUCUGGUCUCAGUGGCAGGUGUGCGUGUCUCUAGUGGGCGGGGCUGAGUGCAACAGGGAGCCAGAGAGCCAGGCCGAGACGCAGCUCUGAGCCAGACCACUUCCUCAGGAUGAUGGCUUCCCCAGAGCAGGAAGACUAAUGGUGUUCCGCUUUCUCUCUCUCUCUCUCGUUCAGAUACACUGCCUGGGCUCCAGAUGCAGUCCGCCACUAGACCUUUUAAACGAUCCCUGAAUCAGACAUUUUUAAUGAUCCCAUUUCUCCUGGCUUUUAAGGAUUUAAAUGUCUGAUCUCGGUUCAUAGUGUUAAUUGAGCAGAAAUUAGAAUGAAAAAUAGCGGUCUCACUGACUGAAUAACACAGUCAAUUAAAAAUAGCUGUACUUGAAAUAUUCAAGAACAGAAAUGCUUAAGUGAGAUUCUAGGAUUUGAUGCUGCACUGUAGAUGAUCUGCUCAAAGAUAUGAUGAGAGAUGAGCUAAGUGUCUGUGGCAUGCAUAAGUGUAAAAAGACAUGUUGUUUUCAGUAUGAGGUCUUUAAAGACAGCCAUACUUGUGGUUAGCCACUACAAGCAUGUGGAUAGCAGACACAUUUUCACUCAUAGUAUAGUAUCAGUAUUUUUGCUUCACUGUUGGCACCUUCUCUCCAAACACAUUAUUCCUACACAAAUCCUGCAGUAGCUUUUGUCUGGUUGUUAAGAUGUUACAUUGGCUCAGCUUUCAGUAAAGUAUUGGAAGUCCUGUUAAGAAUGUGUAUGUGCUCGUUGCUCAUUGUGUGUGCUGCCUGAAUAGUGCUUAGCUGACCCAUUCGGACCAUUAUCACCGCUUUAAAUCUGGUCUCAAUCACAGUGCCAAUCACAGCAUCCGGGUCAACCCGUAUCUUGUGACUGACAGUUAGGUCAACCACUGGACUCUCUGGGGAAAUGCUGCACAAACACGAAGUCAGGGUCAGUCUCAUUCAUCACACUGCGUCUGUCCGAGGAAAGGCUUCACCCACACACGUCAGAGAUACAACAGGUUUGUUUUACUCUGUUUGUUUGUUUGUUUGUUUCUUUGUUUGUUUUCUCUCUCUCUCUUCCCUCAAUUUGUGGUCUCUCUGUUUGGUUUUUUGGAACCCUCUGAAGUGCUGCUGCUUCGUGUGCUUGAUUCUGGGUUGGACCAGCCCUGGUCCGUCUGGCCGUAGAGCUCGUAACGCUUCUGUGUGUGAUGUUACCAUAUGCCUUACAUGUUUUCCAGGACUAAUAAAUGAGCAUAACAAAAAAAAAA